AACCGACAUUACCCACAAUGCCCCGCAGCAGCCAGCAACAAGGAAGUAAAGCGGACCGGUAUGACGUCAUCGCCUCCGGACCGCGCUGGGUUUUAGUAGCUGUGGGCUUAUCGUCAGUCACUUGUGAGACCAUGGCAGGACCGACCCAGCAGCUCAGCGGGUCCGCUGUGAUCCGAAGCCUCAGGCGGUUCAGAGACCGGUAUUUUACAAACGCUGGUCCGGUCGUCGAAGGCGAUUUGACGGACGCGGCAGCGGAGCCGCAUCCGGGAUUCCUGGACAGUUUUCCGGUAGACGUACAGUUCUUGAUCAUGACCUUUCUGCGUCCGGUGGAUAUCUGUAACCUGGGAGCCGCCAGUCGUUACUGGAGGGCCGUGGUUAGAGAUCCGUUACUGUGGAGAUACUUCCUGCUCAGGGACAUGCUCAACUGGCCCUCCAUCGAUCAUGUGAGCAUGCCCCAACUGGAGAUGUUGGACGUGCCACUGAUCGACCAAGGUGAGAGCCUGGACGAUAGAGAAGAAUGGGACGACAAAGGGAUGGAAUCGACAGUUGACUACAUGUCAGAAUACCUGAAAGGAUGCCCAUCCAGCAGACAACAAUGGCUUCCCUCACGUCCGGCGUACGAGGUCGUGACCUCAUUUCUCCAGUCUCUGGUGCCCUCAUCUGAGCCACGUUAUGCCAUGUUUGGCCCCGGCAUGGAGCAGCUGGAUGUCUCUUUGGUCACGAGGCUCAUGUAUGCUCCAGAUAUACUUCCUAUGUUGGGCACUCCUCAAAGACAGAUAAAUGGUAUUGGCUCAGGGAUCAGUUACAUGUUCAAGAACCAACACAAAUUCAAUAUCCUGACCCUGUACUCAAACAAUAGGGCAGAGAGGGAGAAAGCCAAAGUGCAGGAGCACAGCAUCAGUAAUAAACUUUUUACCUUUGAAGGAACCGAUGACUCCGGUUCUCCCAUCUACAGCCCGGCUCCUCAGGUCCAGCAAGUGUGCCAGGUGGUGGACGGUUUUAUCUAUGUGGCCAAUGCAGAGCCUGGCAGAGGGGACGGGGAGUCCGAGGCGGCUCAGAUCCGAGCUGUGCUGAGCUCUGCUCAGGAUUCAGCCACGAGGCCUCUGCUGGUGCUCUCCUGUGUCUCCAGAGAAGAAUCGGAAGAGGUCAGAACAACCCGGCUGCAACCCGCUGCCAGCAGGAACGCGGGUAGGUGUCGGACUCCCUGUGUCGACAUGGCAAAGCGACUCGGACUACCCCAGCUGGCUAAUCCCUGGAUGGUGCAGGAUACAGUAGCAGAAUCCCUGUCGGGUCUUCUUGACGGUGUCUCCUGGCUGCUGAGAUGUUCCAGAGUCAAACUCUAUGGUAGCUAGUUAUCUAACUUUUGCUGGCCGCUAGAUGAAUGGAAACCACAAUUUGUAUUUCCGUGUCAUUGUGACACCCAGACACGCUACGUCCAACUGAGACGGACUCAGUUUUUGUUUACCGAGCUACAUGAGGGGUGAUUGAAGGACAUCAGGACAACAAUACUUGCAACAGCACAACAAUACUGAUGUACCGACAGAACAGCACAUCGCCAGGUCUGUUCGGUUCCUCAAAUUAUAGAAAAGGAUGUUGCAGAAGGAGGAGAUUGCUGCUUGUUCAAUGAAAGCUGCAGGAAAACACAACAAGGCAAGCGACCUCCGGUGCAAAAUUAGAAAAAAACGCAAAUAUUAUAAUGUAAAUUUCCCCUUUGACACACAGAACAUUUAUUACCACAUUAUUUUUCAUGACCGAGGUUUCGGACUCAAUGUGCUGCUGACUAAUUGGGUUGCCCGCAGUUCAGUUCAACAUAAGAAAAAGGUGUUCCAUGAUUUUACACGGAAAAUAAUUCACGCUUCACUCUCAUUUACCAUAAACAUGAUUUUUUAAACAAUAACGUAUGCUCUUUUUGUGCAAUAGUAAAGUCUUAUCUGUAAAAAUUAAAAUUGUAUAUAAUAAAUCUGUUAUAAAAAGGGU